AUGCUCUGUGUAACGGUGUCAAAGACUGUGAGAAUGGAGAGGAUGAGACGAAUGUUCUCUGUGAGAACAAGUGUCUCAUGCCAUACUACGGAGGAUGUCCCUACAAUAGGGAAUGCAUUCCGUCUGAGACCGGUGUCAGUUGUGGCGACUGCCUGCCUGGAUUUAUUGAGUAUUCAGACGGAGUAUGCAUAGUGAGAGCUAAAUUUGAUCAAAAUAACUAUUAUGGAAGUGCAAUGGAUGGAGUCACCCAAGACAUAUGUGUCAUUUUAGGUCUUCAGCAAACCCAGUUUGAUAUGGGA